CAUGAAGAAGAAGAAUCAGAAGAUCCUUCUCUAAUUUCCAUCGCCGGAUCUGAGACAGAGAGAGAGAGUAAGAAAAAAUGGAGGAUCCGAUUCUAUCUCCUUCUUCUCCAUACGACCUUCUCUUUCAAGCUCUCACUCUCAUCCCAAUUCGCCACUACCUCUUCGCUCUCUUCGUUAUCUGGACCAUCUUCUUCUACAAUUUCCUCGAGUUCCACUUCCUCGGCGACACGAUUCUUCAGCAUUUCAGAUGCCGCGUCAAUCUCAUCUUCAAUCCCGAUUCGCCUCUUUACCACGGCGUCGUCUCUCGCUGCAAGAUCCUUCACGGCCGAUAUGUGGCGACGCCAUGGUUAGCGAGUCCUCAUCUUCAGACUUGUUUCCUGAAUUUCAAUGGAUUGCCUCCGGUUUUCAGCUACACGAGACAUCUCUUUCGUGCUUCUGAUGGUGGAACGAUUGCAUUGGAUUGGGUCACGAAUUCUAACGUUCUUGAUGGCGCUCUGAACAAUCAGAAUGUAAUCAAGAAAGAAGACACAACCCCAAUCGCUGUCGUUAUUCCAGGGUUAACUAGUGAUUCUUCAUCUGCAUAUCUAAUGCAUCUUGCAUAUAACACUGCAAAAUCCGGUUGGAAUGUUGUUAUUAGCAACCAUAGAGGAUUGGGAGGUGUUUCUGUUACUUCCGAUCGCUUCUAUAACGCUGGAUGGACAGAGGAUAUACGGGUGGUUCUUGGUCAUCUUCAACAAGAAUACCCAAUGGCUCCUCUCUUUGCUAUUGGAACUAGCAUUGGAGCAAAUAUUCUGGUGAAAUAUCUUGGGGAAGAAGGUGAAAAGACUCCCCUGAGAGGUGCUGUAGCUAUUUGCUCUCCAUGGGACCUCUUGAUUGGUGACAGGUUUAUCUGUCGAACGUUCAAGCAAAAGUUAUACGACAAAGCUCUCACCAUCGGACUCCAAGGUUAUGCCCAAUUACAUGAACCUCAAUAUACACGGCUUGCUAAUUGGGAAGGCAUAAAAAAGUCACGUUCCAUCAGAGAUUUUGACAACCAUGCUACAUGUCGUGUCGGAGAAUUCGAGACUGUGGAUAUUUAUUACCGAAAAUCUAGCAGUACACAAUAUGUAGAAAAUGUCGCCGUGCCGCUACUCUGUAUAAGUGCUCUAGAUGAUCCAUUAUGCACAAAGGAAGCUAUUCCUUGGGACGAAUGCAGGGCAAACAAAAACAUUGUCUUGGCUACAACAAAUCACGGUGGACAUCUAGCGUUCUUCGAAGGACUAACUGCAUCUAGCUUGUGGUGGGUUCGUGCCACGAACGAGUUUCUUGGCGCUCUUAGCUGCAGUGAUUAUAUGCAUGUACAGAAAGUAAGUUCAAGAUCAGUGAAGCAGGAGGAGCCUUCGAUAAACCAAGGCCCGUACCUAAAUAUUGCAGAAGACGGGUUGGUGGCAGCAGUUAACUACGAGCAAGAGACCAGUACUGCCACCAUACGGUCAGGAGUUGGAACACGAGGAUCGAACCAGACCGGACCAAAGCAUAAGGAUGAUGUAACAAAGAGAAGCUUUAACGAGCUGUGUCGCCAGAAAAAACGGUCCAUAUGGUGGCUUGGUUACAUAGGUGUGGUAACAGGUUUCCCAUUAGUUGGGCUACUCAUAAACUACAUCUUCCGUAAGAAGCAACGACCCACAACAUCCAAAAAAUACUGAAGUUGCUUCUAUCUCCUCUCAAGAAACCCCAUUUACUGAUUAUUAGUUUAUGUCGUAAUUUUUUAAUUAUUGAUAUUUGGUAUGUUGAUAAAUACUAGAGAAUUUGCUUCCUUAACGCAAAAUAAGAUCAUAUUUGCAAAACUAACACAA